AUGUCAGGCACUCCCCUCGACCAAUCCCCGCGGCCCGGCCUGAGUGACGCCAGGCACUCCCCGACCAAUCCCCGCGGCCCGGCCGGAGUGACGUCAGGCACUCCCCUCGACCAAUCCCCGCGGCCCGGCCGGAUGGACGAACGAAACCGAUCUGAGAAGAAGGGCCUGGACGAACCGGGCCAAACGGAGAGGGCCGGGCCCCGGCUGUGGCCCAGACUGGCCACUUUCGGGAGGAUUUGGCUGGCCGGGGCCCCGCCGCCCCCUUCGUGGACGCCCUCCUCCCCUCGGAGGAAGAAAGCGGCCAGUCGGGCCAGCGCAGACUACUACUGCCUUUUCCCCUCCCUGAGUUCUUCCAAGUGCCCAGGCCCCGCCGACCUGUACCGGACACGGGAGCUUCGGGCGAUAGCGGCCGGUCACCCUGACAGAGGAAGCCUCGAGGAGCGGGCGCCCGCCUGCUUUCAUUCGGCGGACACGUCUGGGCUUCCCCGGCUCAAGUCCCCCCAGUCCUUGGGAACGGCAGAGACUCCGCAGAACGCUCCGGGCCUGGCCCGGGGGGCGGCGGAGUGGGUGGAUCCCCAGGGCAGGGGCACCCCGACCCUCGGGGAAGGGCAGGCCGGCGGCUCCGUGAGAAGCCCGGAAGCGGCUUUUCCGGCCGACUUCUCUCCCCACCGCAUCCGGCUGGAGGGGCGACCGUCUCCGGGGGCCGGACUCUCUCCCGCGACUCGGUCCCUGGGAGCCGCCGCUCCAUCACCGAUCCGACAGGAGGACGGCGGCCACCGAGCUCCCCCCGGGGCUCCGUGCCGGCCCGUCGGCCUCUCCUCCGUGAGACGUUUUCACCUGGAGCUUUCUGGCGGGAGGGGCCGGUCGGACCCCUCCCCCGGAUCGGCCGGCCGGGAAAAAAACGUGACCCGAAGCCCCCCGAAGCCCCUCUCCCCGCGCCAUCGGGGCCGGCUCGGUCCCAGCCUCCAGACCCGGGGCCGAACCGGGAGACCGAUGGUCAUCCGACACCCGAGAGGUCUCUGUGCCGGCCGUCGCCCGGAGAGACGACAGACAAGAGUCGGGCCCGGGGUGGGGACCCCCCCCGGACCCUCGACACCCGGAGUGAGGCCCCGCCCCGCUCACCCGCCCCCAGAGUGA